AUGGAAGAGGGCGAGGUUGAAGAUGUCCAGGAUAUUCUAUGACUGAAUGUGUGAGCUGUUUACACAGCCAGUCAUGAGGCUCUGUGCUGCUUUAAGAAUUCCAUGCUGGCUUCCAUGUUUAGUGGAUGCUUUCCUUUAAAAGUGGAUGAAUCUGAUUCUUACCAUUUAGUUUGUAUCAAGCCUACAGUUUGGGUUCUGCUCUAUAUCAACACUUCUGGAGCAAGCUGUGAAAGUAAAAUUAUUGGUGUGUAUGCCACAAGAGCUGAUGGGGCUGAUGCAAUUAAUAAGGCACCAGGAAUGAAAAUUCAUAGUAAAAGCACAUACAAAAGAGAAGCUGGAAAUAACAUCCAAUACAUCUGGAGCUAUUACUCAGUAGCUGAUCUGAAAAAGAUGAUGGAUGCUUUUGAUGCCUGGGAAGGGAGUGGUGUCAGCUACUGGAGAGUGCCUCAGGAGCUGACUGAAUGUGAGACUCUGAAAGAACACCCUCUGAGAGGCAGUUUGCAUCGUAUGCCUCCAGUUUAUAAAAAACUAUUAAUUGACUGUACUGAAGUAGAAGGCUGUUUACCAUGUAAAGUGGGUCUCCAGCCAAUUAGAUUCUCAGGUCCCUCAACAAGUACCCACAUAAAAGUCAAGAAUUCAUCUUCAUUAAAGGUAAUUGCUUACAAUGCUUGACAUUCUGCAGCAAUUCUUAAACGACCCCAUAGUGGAAGUCUGAU